GUAUCUCUGUCGCCCGACGUUUUCAAAAUUUCAAUCUGUCACAUCACAUCACUUUAAACGUCACAGCGAACGCGAUUUUCGUUACACUCUAGUUGAACAGUUAAUUUAUUUAGAGAGGAAAUUAAGUAGUUAUUACAUGUUUAUAUUAUGUUCUAUUGUUAACUUGACGGAGAAAAUUCCGUCCAGUAUCUGAUAACAACACCAAAAAUUAUAAAACAAUGAGAUAAUAUUCCAUGUGCGUGGAUCCCGCGGUCAUAAGAAGGUGGCGGGGCGCAGCAGUGCAGGGACAACAUGACGCGCCCGGGACCUCCCAAUGAGAACCUGCCUACGAUUAAACUGGUGGUGGUGGGAGAUGGCGGCGUGGGGAAGAGCGCAAUCACGAUCCAGUUCUUCCAGAAGCUGUUCGUGACGGACUACGACCCCACCAUCGAGGACUCGUACAUACAGCACACCGAGGUGGACGGCCAGUGGUGCAUCCUCGAUGUACUGGACACGGCGGGGCAGGAGGAGUUCAGCGCCAUGCGGGAGCAAUACAUGCGCAAGGGGGACGGCUUCCUGCUCGUGUACUCCGUCACCGACAAGCAGAGCUACGAGAACAUUCGCCACUUCCACACACAGAUACUGCGGGUCAAGGACAGAGACACGUACCCCAUGUUGCUAGCCGCCAACAAGGUGGACCUCGUGCACGUGCGCGCCGUCAGCGAGGAGGCAGGCCGCGAGCUGGCGCGGCAACUGGGCGCGCCCUACAUAGAGACCAGUGCCAAAGAACCGCCGCUCAACAUCGACGCCGCCUUCCACGAGUUGGUGCGCAUCAUCCGCAGCCACCCGCCGCAGGAGUCCAAGCCGCGCGGCCGCCGCAAGCUGCGCUGUACGCUGCUGUGACGCGCCCCUGCAGUACGGAGUACGACGGCGGUACGAGGCCGGCGCCCGUACGCCAGUAAUGCUACUUGUAUUGGUAACUGCGUGGGAAGCAAUCACGAAGCUGUUUGUUGAUAAACAAGAGGUAUAUGUUAUUGCACCAAUAUAUUCGCGAGUAAGGCUUGUACAGUGAUGUUAGAGCGCAUAGUACAUACAUGUAAUGCGUAGCUUAGUCAUAUUUUUAUAUUGACGUGAGAAUAUAAAACUAUAUGUCGAACACAAAUAUUUUGAAAUCGAAGCUUUAAAGGUUUCUACUGACUAGAGUGUAUCACGCAAUAGUGACGUCGGGCUUCGACUACAGCUGCGGGAUACAACAUUACUUGAAUGCUUCAGUAGGAGGCUCGCUGUGUCGCUGUGUCGCUGUGUCGCUGUGUCGACGCGCCUUCGUAUGAAUGCACAAACACUACGGUCACGUCUGCGAGACGUGAACCUAGAUAUGUUAUAAGAUGAAUUGUUUAUUUCACAUAUAUGUAUUAUGUACCAAUGCGUAGCAUUUACUUAGCUCGGUAAGUGUCCAUAGUGUAAGCAGACAUUGUGACCAAUACAUUGUGGAUAUGUAAUUAUUUUUGUUCUCGUUAGUAUUAUUUUGUUAGAUUAAGUUACGCGCACCAGGGUCGGGUCUCGGCUCAAGCAUACCACUUAUUUUUACUUUUAAUGUUUUACGCACACUUGGGAUGCAUCUAUGCAAACUGUUUAGUGUUGGUACGCAGACAAUGCCUAUUGUAUGAGCCUAAGUGACUGAGCAGAAGGCAUGCAACAACGUUUAUCUAGGUCAUGAAGUGCUGGCCGCGGCGCGGUGCAGUGUGCGCGUACCUUAAUGUUGGAACCAAAGUCAGUCGGGGCGGCUCGACGACCACGACACUUGAACCCACGAUGUGUUUGGCACAUGGACCAUUUCUUCAAGGAUUGGGGAAGCCUUUAGUCCAUAUGUCACUUGGUUGGUCAUGUAUGUCACUAGUGAAAAUUUAACCAAAAAUUUACAUAUUUAAAAAAUUACCCAAUAUAUUUCCGUCAACUCAAAAUAACUUUUUUGUUAGUGGGCCAAAUUGAAUAUUGUAGUAUAAGUACUCCAACGUCUUUUUUUUUUUUUUAUUAUGGGACAAGCCCGCCACAACCUCCCAAAACCGCUGCAACUCCUGUAA